AGCUCUUAAAGCACGGCAAUAUGGUUUCCUCUUUAAUUACAACUUCAUAUUUCUUUUUGUCAUUGUGCUUAAUUAUGACGCUCUCUUACACAUACAGUUUCUCCAACUCCUUUGUGAUUGUGUCCAUUCUUUGGUUGUUUAUUCCCAAUAGUAUUACUGAAGCUGCCUAUAUAUGUACUAAUGAAACUACAUACACUCCGAAUAGCACUUUUCAAUCUAAUCUCAAUCUCCUACUCUCUUCUCUUUCUUCCAAUGCAAACAGCAUUACUGGAUUUUAUAACACAACAGCUGGUCUUGAUGCCCCCGAUGUGGCUUAUGGCGUCUUUCUCUGUCGUGGCGAUAUUGCCGGUGCUAAUGGCUGUCAAGAUUGUGUGGCUCAUGCAGUGAAAGAAAUAGUCCAGCAGUAUUGCCCCAACCAGAAAAAGGCAUUUAUUUGGUACGAUGAGUGCAUGUUACGUUACGCCAACCAGUCUUUUUUCUCCGCCAUGGAGCAAUGGCCCUAUACGUAUUUGUGGAAUGCAAAUAAUAUCACAGAACGAGAUCGCUUUGAGCAAUUGCUGGGAGAAACUGUGGAUGAUUUGGUGACUCGUGCUUCAAAUGAUGAGUCUGGAAAUGUUACGAGGUUUGCAACUCAAAAAGUCAACUUCUCAGCUUUUCAGAAGAUAUAUAGCCUAGCGCAGUGCACACCAGAUAUAUCCGGAAGUGAUUGUAAUAGAUGCCUUCGACAGGCUAUAACUUAUUUUCCAAUUUGUUGUGAUGGAAAGCAAGGGGGGAGGGUUUUACUUCCCAGUUGUAAUAUAAGGUUCGAGGUGUACCCGUUUUACAGUUCCAUACCCACCGCUCCACCGCCUACACCAAUACUACUUUCUCCUCCUCCACCUGCUCCAACUCCUUUAACAAGUCCUAAAGGGAAAGGGAAGAUUUCGUCACAAACAAUUAUUGCCAUUGUUGCUUCAAUUGUGUCAGUGGUACUUCUCUCCGUAGGCUGCUGCUUCCUAGUUAGAAGAGCAAGGGAAUGGUAUUAUAAUAUAGAAGAAGAAAAUGUUGGGAAUGAAAUUACGACAGUAAAUUCCUUACAAUUUGAUUUGGGUACGAUUGAAGCUGCAACAAACAACUUCUCAUUCAAUUUGUGCACUUCCAUUCUUGAAUUUUUGAGUCAUAAGUAG